AGAAUCAGCCGUUCUGGGCAGUUAAUAGCUGUUGGGAGUUUGCGGAGAUGUUCUAAAAUCCCUUUAUCAUCUCAAAGACUCAAACCCUAACCCAAAUUGGUGGUCAUGAUGUUGGAUCAGAGGUUCCCCUGGCUAUGGGCUCUGAUCCUGGCCUUUAUGGUCACACAAUCAUCCCCUGAUUUUACCCAAAUACCAUCAAUCACGGAUCCCAAAUUUAUCCAGGAAUGUGUCGAUAUGCACAAUCAGGUGCGCACUACAGUCGAACCGGUUUGUGGAAACAUGAAAUACAUGAGUUGGGAUCCUGCUUUAGCAAAGUCUGCCAGAGCAUGGGCAAAGAGAUGUGUUUUCCAACAUAAUAGUCUUAUAGGCCAGAAACAUGAAUGCCAUCCUACUUUUAGUACUGUAGGAGAAAAUUUAUGGAUGGGCAAAAUAACUGACAAUGUUGUCAGAGACAGUAUUACGGAUUGGUAUAAUGAAUCCCGAUAUUUUGAAUUAGCCACCAUCAUAUGUACAACAUUCUGUGGCCAUUACACUCAGGUUGUCUGGGCCACUACCUAUAAAGUUGGCUGUGCUCUUAAAAUGUGUCCUAAUUUAGGAAAAGAUUACGUACUGUUUGUGUGUGAUUAUGCACCUGCAGGGAACUUGGUUGGAAUUCGUCCUUAUCAGAAAGGACUGCGAUGCAAUCAUUGUCCGGAAGAUCAUUGUGAAAAUAAUCUUUGCAGAAAUCCAGCACGUGACAAAGUCUUAAGUUACCCAUAUUGGAAUCCAAGAUGGGAAUUUCCUCGUCGGAUUACAUGUAAUCCAUUCUGUCAAGUCUGUGUGUCACUUAGACUGGGAGGAAUGGCUUUAGCCACUGUGGGUGUUAUUGUGCUACAAAGGAUAAAGCCACACAUGCAUUUAAGGACUUAGUUUAUGACUAAGGCUUAGCUACCAUCAAUCCAAUUCUCUACUAAAUCUCCAUGCCCUAAAUGUCACUUCUAUUUGAAUUAAAUAGCAGGUCAGAGGAGAUCCUGUAGAGAAGAAAAGACUGGACUAGCGAAAUAAGGUAGUAAGGCUGACAAAGUAAUUUAUGUGAACGUGGCAUUAUGACUACAUAAAUGUGAGGAGAUUCUCAUAUUCCUGUUUCCCAAUAGAAUGAGUGCCUUUGCAUUAAAGAUAAAGUAGCUGUAAACUAUAAAACAAAUGAAUUGAUGUAUUUUGCUUUAGCUCCAAAACUUAACUUUGAGAACAUUGCCACCAAGAUUCACAAUAAAGAACAAAUGAGCAUUUUUAGUUAGAUGUGUGACAUAGGGGUUGCCCAACAUAUUUAUAUAAGCAUAUUUUUAAAACAAUAUUAAAAUUAUAAAUGUUAGGAUAGCUGUAUAGCAAUUAACAGUGGAAAGAAAUCUCAAAAUGAAACAUGACAUUCUGAUGUAAUUCAUUGAAAGGGAAGUCUCCAAGCUGACUAUAAACUCUCAGUAAGCAAAUUCAGAGUUUUUGAAACUCAAAAAUCAUAUUUUAGGACAAGCCAACAGGAAUGGCUUUAUUCUGACCAAGUUAAGAUAACAGUACAAAAAAUUUUAUCUUUUUAAACCUAAAAUAAAAAUGUGAGUAAUGAAUGAACAUCUGCUCUGAGAUGAACAAUGACCAAAAUGUUAAUUUAGCAUUUUCCUACGUGGUGACAAAAGAAUUAGCUUUUAGUUCAUUCAGUUUUUAAAGUUCCAUUCAUUGCCUGGGUACCAAAUUGACUUAAUUUUUGUCACUGUUAACCAAUAUUGUAAAAAAGAAAAGUAUUUUGUAAAAUGAAUUGUUGUGAAAUAAAUAGUAUUUUUCCAUUAACUUCCAUUAUACUGUGAGAAAUAUAUCCUCGAAAGGGAGUGGGGAGGAGUAGCUUCUCUGACAUUGUGUAUUUCAGCUGAAAUAGCAGUGUUUUUCAGCUAGCAAAUGCCUAUAUUGCCUCUGGGUUAUUGGAUAUUUCUACACAAUAAAAACAUUAGCAUUAAAGUUAAAAAUGCCAAUCUGCAAUGUUUGUGUUUCCAAGUAUUUGAAUAUUUCCAUUUAUCUGAAUAAUUGAUAAAAUAUAAGCAGAUAUGUCCAGGUUCUUUAAUUUUUUAGCUUUUGAAUCUGGUGUUUUGUUACAUCGUAGAUGCAGUCAUUGCCUUUAUCAGGUUUUAAUAAUACAAGUCCUUUCAUUAUUAAAAUUUGAGUAAACAACGGCUAACAAACAUGGUUUAGACAAGAUAGAGAAAAAGUCAUAUGAGAGCAAUACAAUGUUGGAAUUCACAUUGCUUUGCUAUUUAUCUAAUUUCCAUUUGCCAUUUGAUUUGUUGUCACGCUGUUAAACUUUUGUUUAAAAUUAAAUGUAUAAUUAAAACAUCAUCUUAGAACAGAAGUCUUCAAUUACUCAGAUUAAUUACAAUUAACAGUUUGACAAGAUAUUUGAAAGAUUAUAUUGUAAAGAACUACAUGUGUAUACAUAUAUAGAGAUUAAUAAUUUAAUUGGUCCAUGCAAUAUGAUAAAUAUACAAUAUAUAAUACUAUAUAUAUGUACACACAUAUGUGUGCAUAUAUGUACACGUGUAUAUAUUUCUACAUAACAAUUUAAAAUAACCUGAUUUUCGCUGGCUUUCUUAAAGAAUUAUACUAGAGUUGAUAUUUUCUUAGGGUUUACUGUUAACAUUUUUUAAAAUUUAAAAACAGAGACAAUUAGAGAAUUUCCAAUUAAAUGCACAGGUCCCAAUGGUAGUCCUUAGGCUAUGUAAAUUACCAUAUUCAUUGUUCAUAAAGUUUGUAGCAAUCUGUAGUCUCUAACAAUGUAAAUAUUUAUGUAACUGUAUUCUGCAACCCACAAAUAAAAUUAAUGUACAUAAUAAAAUGCUCACAAAACAUAAGG